GACUCGAUCUCCUUAGACUUUGUACACGACCAAAGAAGUGGUGCCUGGAUACUUAUUUGUUUCCAUAUUGGUUUCUGAACAAUGAAAUAAAAAAGUUUGCUGCUUCAGUUCAACAAGUCUAAGUUUAUACUUCCCAAAUGAUCCCUUUUAUAAACCCUAUUAUAGGCCUUUGCGUUCAGUUUGCCAUAAGCACACACAAAAACGCCCCUUGUGCAAUACACACUGCCUUUAUUUAGGACACUACAAAGUUCAAGGACACAGUUACCCAAUCAUUGUAAACGAUUGUGUGUACUUAUUUGCUUUUGAUGUACCACCUUUAUAUGCAGCUAGCUGCAUGGAGUUUUCUAAUUGUGAGUGUUCUGUAUCUUUCUGGCCUUUAGACCUUGCGCCCUGUGACCGAUUGAUCCUGUUAUCAUAGUGAUACACAACAAGCUUGUUGAAUUUCUUUCCGGAUAGAAAAAAGGACCUAGAAAAUGUCUGUGUCUGUGGUUUUGGAGAGGUGUGGGGUGUUGCUGGAAGGACCUCAUUGGGACGACGUCGAUCAGUGUUUGUACUUCAUUGACCACAUCAGUGGAGUUGUACAUCGCUGGGAUCCGGAGACUCAGAAACAUGAGACAAGGAAAAUUGAUGAAAAUGUCGGCUGUGUUGUGACAACAAAGACACCAGGUGUGCUGCUCAUCACUGGCAAACAUCGCUUCCUUUCUUUGGAUUGGGAGGGCGGGGUAGCCACGCCCAUCGGGGAGGUGGACCAAGAUCGGCCCGAGAAUCACUUCAACGAUGGAAAGUGUGAUGCAAGGGGCAGAUUUUGGGCAGGGACACUUGGACCACUGGAAACGCCGACCAGAGUGAAGCCCAAGCAGGGCUCCCUCUACUGUCUGGAUGUAGACAGGUCCGUGACCAAACACAUCGAUGGUGUUGACAUCUCCAACGGUUUAUGCUGGAGUCAUGACAACAAGACAAUGUACUACAUCGAUUCGUUAUCGCACAAGGUGGAUGCAUUCGACUACUGUUUGGAUACAGGAACACCAAGCAAUCGACGGCCUGCUAUUGAGAUCCCCGAGGAGGAUGGAUAUCCCGAUGGAAUGACAAUAGACACAGAGGGCAUGGUGUGGGUGGCUUGCUUCGAUAGCUCAAGCAUCAAUCGAUACAAUCCGCUAACAGGGGAGAAGUUGCACACCAUUACUUUCCCCUGUGCGUAUGUGACGCCGUGCUGCUUUGGAGGAAAGAACCUGGACACGCUGUAUGUCACGACCUCAAAGGAUGGCCUUAGCGAACAGAAACAACAAGAGCAGCCAUUGGCUGGCUCGUUAUUCAAGGUCACGGGGUUAGGGUUCAAAGGUCGUCCCGCUUACCAGUACGCUGGCUGAAAUAGUACCGUGUCGAUUUUGUGACACAUGGUCUGGCACUUGACCACUACACAGAGUCACAAGACUUGUUAAAUUAAGAGUCAGUCUAUAAAUUUUGGGUUCUUCCUGUCCCUGCUUCAUCUGACACCUAUGAUUUUUUAACUCUGGGGCACUCCCUGCAGUCAUCCUCCAAGAGUGAUACGAACAGCAAACUACCUACCCAACAUAUAAAAGAUCGUUUGAAGUCAUUCUUUAUGCUACUUGAACGGCAGGGAACAGGAAAAAUGUCACACUUUGACCCGAAAUUUAUCGCAUGGCCCAUGAUGCAAAUUGAUACAUUGUUACAGCAAAAAUAUACACAUAUCUUCAAUUUGUGCUUUGAGGCAUGUGCUCAGACCGAAGCUGCAUUGUUUUUUUAAUUAGAAAAGAACUUCAUUGAUUUAUUUCUCAUGUUAAGCAUUUAGUAUUUCAAUUUGGCAGGAUCGAAUUAAGUGAAGUCUUUAAACAAACUAAAAAAGGCUUUUCUUUUUUUGUAAUGUAAUUUUGUAUUAAGCUUACUGAGCCUUACAUAAUUUACCUCUGCAGUAUAUAACCCUACUGCAGUGGUGGUGAGUUUAUACAGCCCUAUUUCAAUUUUCCAAUAUUAGUUACUAUUUGAUCUUUUUGUAUGUGGGGGCGGAAAAAAUGGAGCUUUAUGUUCAUCACAUACACACAAGCAUGACAAAAAAGUACUGAAUAUCUCUUUGAAACCACUUGUAUCAGUCAAUACGUCCUAUUAGGUUACAUGAAAGGCCCACGUUCUGCCCGACUGACUUUUAUGGUAUGUUUUUAAUUUUAAAAAAAAUUCAAUUUAGUCUCGAAACCAAAUUCACAAAGGUACUGUUUAUGGAGCCAGAACAGUCUGAGCUUUGUGAUUUCCAAAGCUGUCUGGCAAACUUUUGCAUUUGUCAUAUUUUCAUGAAAUAGAACGAUUUAAGGGCUGGUUAUUUUAUAGCAGACAUCGUUUCACUGGGCUGUUCAAUAAGUUUAUGCCCAUUGUUGCUGGAAAAACACCGGGAAAAAAAAUGCCGUUCGUUUUCAACCGUCAAAAAGUGCAGCUCGCUGAAUCUGUCAUGCACAGAACCCGUAGGCCACAGUGCCAGCUGAGCGAGAACAAAUAUUACAUGAAUAUUCUGGUGUACCCGAG